AUGUCUUCCUCUUCUCAUUCUUCUUCUUCUCGUCGUCGCUCGGUCGAUAACCCAGCGACGACCUCCCCGUCUUCUUCUUCUCCUUCUUUGUCUUCCUCUUCUCCUCCCCGUCGCAUGGAACUUUCGGCAGACGUUCCAUCAACGUCUUCUCUUCCUCCGACCCCCACUUCUUCGGGGGCGGUCACUCCGAUGAGCCCCGCUCCUCUAACGACGGUGGCUGCUUUGCCGGGCGGCACCGGACGGCCGCGAGGUCCGUACGACUCCGACUCCACCAGUUCCGACGAGGCUGUUGUGCCGACUCCUGAGAUGGCGGACAGAGCUGAAAAAAUGAGGCGUCGGCUGACCCAGCGCGCUUCCAACACGGCUACUGCCUCUUCCUCCCAACCGUCGCCGGCUCCCAGGUCGACUCCUCCACCACCACAAAACGUAGUCGACUUGACUCCGUCGCCCGUCGUAUCACCGACUCGACAACCGCCCCCUCCUCAAUCUGAGAGUCCGAGCUCUAAACGGCCGGCAGAGCAGACGGACGCGCCGGCUCCGAAGAAAAUCCGGUUGAGCCACGAGGUGGACGAGGAUGCCCAGAUCUGGCAAGGCAACUCCUCCGUCCGCAAAUGGGCUGCAAACAAACUCACCUUCCAAAUGGAGAUGAGUAGGCGGCUGAGGGAGUACAAGACCGGGCUGAAGUCCAUGGCCGUUCGAGUGCACCAAACGGAGGAGGCCUUCUUGGAGGAGCAAGCUAAGCACGCCAAGGUGGUGGGGGUGCAUAACUCCGAGAUGCUAAGGGUCACCCGUCAGUGGGAGGAGGAGCGAGACAAAGUGGCGACCAUCGCCGCGACCUCGGCGGAAGACUACAAGAAGUCGGCGUCCUUCGAGGCGGACGUGAAGGCGGCGAUAGAGGCCCGGCAGAAGGAGAUCGCCAAGGAGUGGCUGGCGACGCCGGAAGGUGACGACUUCCGUCUGGUUUUGGGCGAGCGCGACUAUCGCCUCGGCUUCCGCGAGGCGCAGACAGAAAUCCACUCCGCCCUGUUGGUCCGCGACUCCUCUUUUACCCCCUAG